CCCCCGCCCUCUCCUUCCGCCCCAGCCCCGGUGCGAUGCCAGGCCUGGCUGGGCCGGGGAAAGGGGUUGUUUCCCAAGUGCAGCAUUCUGGGAAGCACGAUGCUUUCAUCCCAGCCCCGCUCCGCUCCGGUCGCAGCUGCAAAAGCACAAAUAAAGAAGCAGCUGGACUGGGCCAGCCAGGAUUUGGGAGCAGCCGCCGGCACUGCCGGGAAAGGCUCAGCCCCCACCCGGCCCCGGUGCUGGCUGGCCCACUUCCUCCAGUGGGCGCAACCUGCAGGGGCAGACAGCAUGGUCCAGAGAGAUCCUGGUUCCUGCAGCAUCUCUCAUGCCGCGAGCGCCAAGUCCCCAGAGCGUUGGAGUGGCGGAGGGGGAGAUUCCCCCCAUUCUAGAGACUGGAUCACAUCUGGACCGUGUGUGUGUGAUGAACCCAGGAGUCCUAGCUCUCCGCCCCUCUGCUACUGCACUAACCAUGAGCCUACACCCCCUUCCCAGCUGGGAGGAGAACUCAGGCCACUGCAGCCCCUAUCUCUGCUGGACCUUGUGCUGGGGGCCCCCGCCAAGCUGCUGCCAGGACGCUGGUGUCCUUUGCCCUGGGUGCACCUGAUCUCCGUGACCCGCAUUCCUGUUAAUCUCCGGCCAGCCUGGUGCUUGCAGCAAAGCCGGCUCCACGUUCCAAGGCUGGUACGCUGGCUCUUGGGGCAGUCUAGGGCAGGGGGGGACAACCUAUGGCACGUGUGCCAAAGGUGGCACGUGAGCUGGUUUUCAGUGGCACUUGCGCUGCCCAGGUCCUGGCCACCGGUCCGGGAGGCUCUGCAUUUAAAUUUAAUUUUAAAUGAAGCUUCUUAAGUGUUUUAAAAACCUUGUUUACUUUACAUACAACAAUAGUUUAGUUAUAUAUUAUAGACUUAUAGAAAGAGACCUUCUAAAAACGUUAAAAUGUAUCACGUGAUACCUUAAAUUAGAGUGAAUAAAUGAAUA